AUGCAAGAGAUAUGCAACACCGCCGCGCUGCCGCUCGACAGUAACCCACUGGUGCGCAAAAUAAAAUGCGAAGAGUUCCCCGCCGUGAGAGGGAAGCAAGUCGCGAGAGUUGGCAUGGGGGUGCGUGAUGAGAUGGAAGAGGAGUUCGCCGUGAAGACGCGGAACACUCCGCCGAUGGGGCCAGCGCCGGGUACCGAGCACCCGCGGAUGGAGCACGGCAAUGGAUUCUGGCUGGCGGCUGUCACCGCCGCUGGGGCACCGCAUCCGAUGCUGGAAACGUGUACCGAAACGGGAUUCAUCAACAGCCAGCCUUCCAUGGCGGAGUUCAUGACGGCGCUGCCGCAAUUGGGAGCUGGUGAACUCAGCCCGCAGCACACCCCGCCCGGCUACGCGCCCGACCUACCUUCCCCCGGAGGCGGACUUAACGUGCCCGAAUACCCUUGGAUGAAGGAGAAAAAAACUACUCGAAAAAGCAGCCAACAAGCGGUCGCCGAUCAAAAGCAACCUUUUCCAAAGAACACAAAAUUUCUUUUCAUAAGUGCUCCUAACUGCCGCGUGAAUAACUACUCCGGAAUUAUUAUUGUGCCUUUCAACGACGGCAACAAAUGGCCAUUCAACCAUUGUGUUCUGGUUCACGGUCCCAGAGUUUCUCUAAUGAACAUCAAAUUACGCCGAAAUAUAUUGAAUUGUAUGGCGCGACGACGUUUUGUGUCUGUAACUGUUGUUGCUGUGGGAGUGGUGCGACUGCGAGCCACUGACCCGCCUACAGCGCGUGUAACGGAACGAAACACCCGACAUGCACUGUAA